AUGUCUGAGGAACGCGAGACCAAGCCCUUCAAGUUCGUUACUGGAUUCGACGCUCGAUUCCCCAACCAGAACCAAACUAAACAUUGCUGGCAAAACUAUGUCGAUUAUCACAAGUGUGUCCUAGCCAAGGGCGAGGAUUUCGCACCAUGCCGUCAAUUCUUCUUGGCUUAUAAGUCAUUGUGCCCAAGUGCCUGGGUUGAGAGAUGGGAUGACCAACGUGACAACGGAACAUUCCCCACUCGAUUGGAUCAGUAA